UCCAUUUUGUUUAGCUUAGCUAGCCCUGGCUAAGCUCAGACACCGUGCAGCAGAGAUGGAUGACGGCGACGAGCCGGGGAUCGUCCUCUCUCACAACACUUCUUCAGGCUCUAAGUCGGGUGGGGACAAGAUGUUUUCCUUAAAGAAGUGGAACGCUGUAGCGAUGUGGAGCUGGGAUGUUGAGUGCGAUACUUGUGCCAUUUGCCGGGUACAAGUGAUGGAUGCUUGUCUCCGAUGCCAGGCGGAAAACAAACAGGAGGACUGUGUUGUUGUAUGGGGAGAGUGCAACCACUCCUUCCAUAACUGCUGCAUGUCCCUUUGGGUGAAGCAGAACAACCGCUGUCCCCUCUGCCAGCAGGACUGGGUGGUUCAAAGAAUCGGCAAAUAAGCUCCGACUCCAGGCGGUCUGACUCUCAGACGACACCUGUGUGCACCCGAAAGUGGUGACAGACUUGACAAUGAUCACUGCAGCGUCAGAGCCACUGACACCAACAACCGUCUGUCCUCCUACUUAUGAAUGCAUGUUCCAGUAGUCCUGGUGCCGAAGGAGGACCAUGGACAAAAUUAAAGUGGCACAGGCUUGUUGGUCACUGAUCGGAUGAUGUGGCUGGAGGGAUCAUGAAGAGAGGAUGAACCUCGUUGCAGUGUUUGGUCACAUCUUAGCUUUACUUUAUUGUCUGUGGUGGUGGUGUUCAGCACAUCUUGAAUAUGUGACUGUCUUUUUAAAAAAUAAAGAACUGUGCAUAGCUGUAAACAUGUAUUCUUUCAUCCAGUAACUUGAACGGGUUUAGUACAGUAAAAUUACGGACAUUGGUGUGUUGUUAUGCAACAGAUGUUUUAGUUAAAAUUAAAGAAAGUGCACAUUGGUUUAGCUUUUUGCUACUGACAAGAAUGUCAUCAACAAGAAUCAAAAACUGUUGAGUUUCAAAUCUAGCAUUAAAUCUUGCCAAGCUUUA